GAAUUGUUAAGAUAAGCACACUCGAAAGAUAUUUCGGCAAAAAUAAGAACAAGAAAUACCAUCCAAUGACGUCGUGAAGAGCAAGAGAGAAAAAACAAUCGAAAGAAGAAAUUGAAUAAUCACGCUCAUUUAAUUUAUUAGCUUAAUGAUAACAUUAAAUUACUGAUUGAAUAAUUUUCUUUUUUUUUCUCAUUGCAAAAUUCUUUGAUCACACAAUUAUUUCUUUAUCAUCGUAAAUGCGGAUUUGUUUUCUCAUUCACGCACACACAUACAUAAUCGACCAUCACAAUUAUGUUGUAUGCGAAUUAUGUUAGAUCAACGCGAAAAAAAAUCAGCAGAGAACAAAUUUUUCGGUUUAAGUAUCCAGUUUUAAUUAUAUUAUUGGACAAGAAUAUUACUUACACAAUUGUUUUAUAUAUAAAUGAGAUAUUCUCUUAAAAUUAACCUUGAUUUUGUGUUUUUCUUCUCUCGAAAAUUUUCUUACGUUUUUUUUUCUUUCAAAAUUCCAGUUCAUCUUACGUUCUUUUGUUUAUCUCAUUAGUUUCGUUUUGUUAAUCGUACAUGAGAAGAAAAAAAAAACAAUCGAUUACCAACGAAACAAAUAAAAACUUCAGAUUAAAAUGAAAACAAUAAUGACGGAAUAACAAUUUUGCUUAUCACGUGAUGCCAUUCCAUUCAAGCGUCAUCAGAAAAUUACCGAAUGAGUUUCAUUGACAAAAAUUUUACGUAAAAUUUGAUAAGGCUCAUUUGUUAUUAUCAUUUCUUUUCGGGCGUUUUCAAGAGACUGGAGCAAAUCGGGUCACACAUAUACAGAGCUAUUUUAUUAAAAACACACAUUUUUAGAGUUUCAGGAUUUUAUCUUUCGAUAAGUUUUCUUUUCCUUCAUUUAUUUCGAAUUUUUCCAAAUUCGAUAAUUUUUCAGCACAAUUUUGAGAGAAAAAAUUUGGCCCUGCGCUCAUGAGCUAAAAACAUGAAUCGUGUUGAUAACACACUGUCUCUUGACAACAAUUUGUUUACCGCUAAAAGUAUACUAUUAAUGGGAAGCAGUGCUAUCGAGAAAAUACUUUGUGCGAUAUUCAUAUGUGUUUCAAUCAUGGAAUGUUUUCCAAAGAAUUUUCCUAUAUGCCUACGAUGUACAGAUAGACUGUCUUGAUGAAAAUGAACUCUUUGGACAAAAUCAGAAUUUGAUUUUUUUUUUAAAUCUGGUUUUUGACUUCACCAAUUUUUUUUAACAUCAAGUUCAUUUAAUUAAAUUCAUUUUCAUUGAAAAGGUGUCACAUCUGAUUAUAGCCAAUUAUCAUUAGCUAUGGCUAAUGAAAUGUCUCUAAAGAGUUGAAACUGUGAAUCAAGAAUCUUGAUUCUUAUUUCAAGAUAUCGGUUGAAUAUUGAAUCGAGACGAAUGCUGUAUUCCACAUCAAGGCAAAUUUCAGAUCUUCCUAGAGAUCUUUGCAUCAAUUAAGUGUUGAAACACAACAUCAGAUCGAAUUCAUAUUCGCCUUCUUAGUUCUGAUCAAAUUCUCCUCUCUUGAAUACUUGGAAGAUCACUUCGCAAUGUACUUUUUCUACAAAGUUUAUUCUGUUGCAUCGUUUUCGAUUUUUUACUUCGGUUUAACAUUUGCUCUAAUUUUCGUUCCAUUUGAUCUGAUUUGAUUUAAUUUCCAUUAAUUUUUCCUUCGCUCUUCAAUUCACCGUUUGAUUAUUAUUAAAAUUUUUAUUCUUUAUUCAAUUUAGAAAAAUUUCGUUUUUCCUCUUAUUUUUACUAAAAUAUUGUGUUGAUAAGCUAUAUUCAAUCAGUGUAACCAAAUAGAAUUAGUAAAAAUUGCAAUUGGUAGAUAAAAAAAAGUUCAUUUAGAAAUUAAAUCAAUUGACGCUUGCAUGUCGAGUAAUCAAUAACAAACCCAUUUUAAUUCUGGCAAUUAAAUUGGACCAUUUUUUUUAUUAAAUGCUAAUUUUAAGGAUUAGGCAAAUUUAUUUGGCUAAACAUUUCAUUCUACUAUGUAAUAUCUUCAUUUACAUUCUUACAGAUGGAAUAAAAUUUUGUUUGAAAAAUCUAUGGCGUUUUAUUAAUAAAAGCGAAAAUUUCCGGCCACUUGUUGUUUUUUCCAUGCCGUUCCCAUAUUUGAUAAAGGAGAAAUGAUAAAUAUCGUGGAAAAAUGUAGCAGAAUUAGUGUCAUUGAAUCGUAUCAAGGGUGAACAUUUAUGUCGUAGAUCGAAAUUUAGUACAGCGAAGGCGAACACAAAGAUGUACGUACGUAUAGGCUGCGAUGAGAGAAACCAACAAAACCGGCAACAAUGAUCAACCAAGUUCAUAGAACCUUCGAAUAGAACUAGUUGCAUAUUUACCAAACGGUUAUGCAAAAUAAAUAAAUGAAGAAACACGAAAAUGUGACCAAAAAGGAAAACGAAAUGCAUGCAUGCAACGGACGUUGAACAGGAUUUGAUUUCGGAAUGCAAGCGCUCGUCUGCAGUCUUCUCGAAUAGUUUAAAGUGAUAAAAUAGUCGGACCAUUGAAUUGAAUAGAAUUGCAGCAAAAAUGAGUGGAUAUCAUCUGAUUUUUGGUGGUUUUUUGGCAUUGAGCCUAUUGAAAAUAAUCAGUGCUCAAUUGUUGACCAUGCAAAAUUUGCCGUUAUGGCGAUCCGUUUUGUAUCCAUACGAUGAUUUAGGUGAUCCGUUGGUGUUGUCCGAAUUGAUUGCAGAUGGUAACGAAGAUGAAGCGCGCAAACUGGCGCGAGUUAAUGAAAGUGAAUUCUUGGAUGUAGUCAGUUAUUCGGGGUUUUUAACGGUUAACGAAGAUUAUGAUUCAAAUUUAUUCUUUUGGUUCUUUCCGGCCGAGGGAACUGAAAAACUGUACGAAGACGAUCGCGAAGGCAGUGACGAUGAUGACGGUAGUUAUAGUGGCAUUCAUGAUGAUGAUGAUAGUCGAAAAAAGGGACCACCGCUGUUGUUUGGAAGCAAAAAGACUCGGAAUAACACACAAAAGUUUGCGCAUAAAUUGAAAAAAGAAUUUCAACGACCUGUAGUGUUGUGGCUUCAAGGUGGACCGGGAAGCUCAUCAUUGUUUGGCCUCUUCACCGAAAAUGGACCGUUUUUUGUCAACAACGACAUGAAAACUAUUCGAAAAAAUCCGUAUUCAUGGCACAAAAAAUACAAUUUAUUGUUCAUCGACAAUCCGGUUGGAGCUGGAUUCAGCUACACCGAUCCUGAUGGAUACUGCAGGAACAUUACACAAGUCGGAGAUCAUUUAUACAUUGGACUGAAACAGUUCUUUGAACUCUUCCCAUGGUUGCAGCAAAACGAAUUUUUCAUUACAGGCGAAUCGUUUGCAGGCAAAUACAUUCCGUCCAUCGGAAAUGCCAUUUGGGAAGGGAACAAAGAAGAGGACUUUAUCAUUAAUUUACAAGGAUUAGCUCUUGGUAAUGCUCUGUCUGAUCCGAUAAAUAUGCUUGAGUAUGCCGAUUUUGCCUAUCAAACUGGUCUAGUCGAUUUACACGGUAAACACGCCAUGAGAUUAUUCGAACUCCUUGCCAAGGAAUACUUUCCCAGCGUCGAAUCGAAAAUUUAUUGGGACACGAUGCUGUACGCCUUCGUCCAAAGCAGUAACUAUAGCAAUGUUUAUAAUAUUCUCCAGCCAGAGGCACUGGAUUUGGAAUCGUAUCGUAAAUACAUCGAACAAAAUCACGUACGUCGUGCAAUUCACGUGGGCGGUGCAAGUUUCAAGUCACCCGAAUUUGUCUACAUCAAUUUGAUACCCGACUUCAUGACAACGGCAAUGCACUGGACGGAGAAAUUGUUGAAUGAAGGGCUUCGCAUUAUGUAUUAUAGCGGUAAUAUGGAUUUUAUAGUCGCUUAUCCACUAUCAGAAAACGCUUAUCAGCACAUGAAGUGGAAAGGUUCGGAAAAAUAUCGAUCGGCGCGUCGUGAAUCUUUUAUUGUGAACUCAAAAAUGGCUGGUUACGUAAAAGUGGCGGAUAAUUUCGUAGACGCGUUGGUUUUGAAUGCCGGUCAUAUGGUUCCAACCGAUCAGCCUGAAGUGGCACUUGAACUUAUCGACCGUUUCAUUCGUAAUGAUUUAUAAUUUGCACGCGAUUUCCACUAAUUAAUGAUUGAUUCACAGCAAUUUCUCCAAAGGAUCAAUCAAACUUAUGAGAAAAAAAUGGAACAAAUUAAUAAAAUCCAUAUAUUUUUAUC